AUGCAAGUGGAAGACUGCAGCGCCAUGUUUAGGGUAUACCUUUUGUCCCUCUUGGGCCUCCUGUUCCACACCGUAGCAGUCCACAGUGCCGCUUUACAACAUGUUUCGCGCCAGCAAUGUCAGUCCACAGGCACCCAUUGUCCAUCCGGAACAAUCGUCGUCAGCGCCUCCGACAACCGCGCCCACUACGCGACCAUCCAAGGUGCCCUGGACUCCCUACCAGCCGACACAAGCUCCCAGACCAUCCUCAUCCUAGCAGGAAACUAUACAGAGCAGCUCAAUGUCACCCGCUCAGGACCAGUGACACUCCUCGGUCAAACAUCUGCCUCCAAGGAUGCUACUCGGAACCGUGUGCGCAUUAUCUGGGCGGCUGCCAAUAAAGACAAUACAGGCCAAAGUGUCGACAAUGUCUUCUCCAGCGUUCUAGUCGUAGCACCAACUCUCGAAUCUAGUCUCACUGGCUCGGGGACAACAGGUUACGCCGUCCCUGCCGAUACACCAUUCGGCAAUACCGACUUCCGCGCUUACAAUAUUGACUUUGAUAACACUUGGUCUGAAUAUUCGGAUGGACCAGCGCAUGCGUUGAGCUUCUCGCGUGCCAACGGUGGCUUCUACUACUGUGGAUUCUAUUCAUACCAAGACACGGUCUACGUAGGCAAAUUGGGCAAUGCCUACUUCUACAAAAGUAUCAUCGCUGGGCAGACUGACUUCCUGUACGGGUUUGGCACGGCCUGGAUUCAAUCAAGCGAGUUACAGCUCCGCGGUUGCGGCGGAGGCAUCACAGCUUGGAAGGGAAGUAACACGACAUUCACCAACAAGUACGGAGUGUACAUCGUGGACUCCAACCUGCGUGCUGCAAACUCAUCCAUCGCACCGGAUAUCAAGGGGAAGUGUGCACUUGGUCGGCCGUGGAAUAGCCAGCACCGGUCUGUUUUCGCGCAUUCCUAUGAGGAUGGGACAGUUGAUUCGAGUGGGUACAUUGAUUGGGUGGUCUCGGGGGUCGCGAGGUUCGAGAAGGGUGUUACUCUCAUGGCUGAGUAUCAGACUUAUGGACCUGGAUUUAAUGAAUCGGGCCGUGUCGCUGGGGGUGUGACUACCGUUCUUGAUAAGAAGGAGUAUGAGCCGUAUAGUACGCCGCAGAAGGUCUUCCAGAACCAGGAGGGUGUCUUCGGUAACACGAAGUGGAUUGAUUGGGAUACUGUCAAGGCUGGUAAUUGA